AUGGCUCUUGAACGUGCGUUCUUACUCGCGCUGUGGGGUUUCACUCUGUAUGUUCAUGACGUUGCGUCUUUGUGCAAUGUCACCUGCUCAACCAACUACGUAGAUACACUAAACUGCUCGUGCUCGAGCUCCGUGCCAGCACAUCCUGUCUGUCUGGACGUCACGUGCAGAGAUAAUGGAGACGUAAACGUUAGUGGCAGCUGUGUGGUCGAACCACCGCGCUCCUGGUGCACCAUCAUCCAGAAGGACCUUGACGAAGUCGCCCUCCUGGGAACAAACUGCGUCACGCUCACUCGGCUCCGACCGUUUACGGAUCCCGUUGAUUCAUUCAGCUGGGAGCUGUCUGCAGUGGUGAAACCUGAACCUCCGGUUGGUGUGAGCGUGACCGACAUGGCUGAGUCGGUCAACAUCAGCUGGAGGAGCAGCAACACUUUAUACGACUUCACCUACAGGGUCCGCAUCAGAGCCGCUGCAGCUUCCUCGCAGGACCCCCUGUACUUGUCUACAGAGGACGUGCACGUUCUGGUGAAUCGCAAACUGCUGCAGGAGGACGUCAUCUACAUCGUAGACGUCCAGACCAAACUGAGGUUUGAUCAUUAUCUUCAGGGCCCGUGGAGCGAAUGGAGUUCUGGUGCCGAAUGGAUGACGGCAGCAGCUUCUGUUGGUGAGCGAGGAAUGAGUGUUUUGUGGUUGUACAUCUCCAUGCCCAUCAUUCUCGUCCUCGCCCUCGUGUUGCUGGGAUACUUGCACAAACCGUGUUGGCAGAAAAAACUCAAGAUGGUUAUGUACAUCCCCCGGCCGAGUGAAUAUUUCAAGCCUCUUUACCACAACUACGAAGGCAACUUUAAGGAGUGGGUGCAGCCUGUUUUCAAAGAGUACGACCUGAUGAUCGAUACAAGCCUGCAAAGGACGAGCGAGAAGCAGAACGUCCUCCACUGGACAAACGAGAAGCAGAGUUUCAGUGAGGAUGAGCUGAUGGACGGCCAAAGUUUCCUUCAUCCGCUGCAGGACGACAGCAGCUCCCCGAGUGUCGCCCACUCCACCGGGCACGUCUCCAUCCACACCGUCACGUUGUCAGGAGAGGAGUUGGAUGAGGAAGUCACAUCCCAGAGCUCCCUCAGAAGUUCCCAGGAGGGAGAAAGCUUUGGGUCGUUUGAAGAUGCUGACAGAGAACAUGGCAGCUGUCGAUUGGAGGGCGUCCACAUGUCCAGGAGGGACAGACAGAGUGGGACAUCACUACAGCUUGAAGCUCACAGUGCCAACGACUCAUUGAGGGAAAACCUGGACUACGAGGCAGACGGAGCAUUUAAUGAAGCAGAGAGGGUCUCGCUGGACUCGUUUGUGUCCAACGAGCAGUCGGAGGACGGCUACCCUCGUGUGGACUUGGACACCAUCGACAGCGGUUAUGGAGAGUGCGGCAGCCCCGGAGCCUCGGAGUCAAACCGAGCAGAGCACACGGACUCGUUUCACGAGCACAAAAACUCAAAUUAUGUGAGGCAGUGGAUGAUCUGCAGCACGAUCCAGGAAGACCCCGUGAACAACGAACUCAUUGAGAGGCAGCAACUAUAGCUUCAUGGAGCCCCUCCAGUGUAGACGUGGUCCAACAACAGUUUUCAAAGACUAGUGCGGAUAUUUAAAAACCACUGCAGCCAACAG